ACUUUACUAUUCGCUCUGUUAGCGUUCUGACUAAAUCAUGCUAGGUUUUAGCAACGUAGCUCAGGGUUUGCCAAAAUUAUGUUCAUGCCCACAACCUGAACUUACAAACUCGACCACUAAAAUAUAUGUAGUACCAUAACAAUGGUAUAAACUAACAAUAAAUAACACAAAAUAUAUGAAUCAUGAUGAACAUUAGUCAAAAACUUAGUUGCAGUUAAUUAAUAAAAUCAGCCUGCGGGUACAAAUGGAAUCACAAUCCGUUUUGACUCCUGUUUGGAGCGAAAGGGAUGUAGCUUGUUGCCACCAUUUGCUAGUGUAUCCUCCAUUGUGUAUUGCUAGCAUUGCUACCGCUUCUAGUUGUCAGUGUUGCUACUUGACUCUGGCUAGUUGCUAACGUUAAUCUCAUAUCUAGUUGACAGUAUAACUAGUUACCUCCGUGACUUGUUGAUAAAUAGCCAGCUGCUAGCACAUCUAGUUGCCAUUGUCGCUACUUGCUGCUGGGGCUACUUGGUAACAGUUGACAGUGUAGUUAGUGUCCUCCAUUGUGUUGUUAAAGUUGCUAGCUUAUCCAGUUGACAGUGUAGCUAGUUGCUAACCAUGCUAGCAGCUGACAGUGUAGCUAGUUGCUAACCAUGCUUGCAGCUGACAAUGUAGCGAGAUGCCACUGUGGCUAGGUGCCAACUGCGUUAGGUUCAGUUACAUGGCAAUUAUUAUUAUUAUUAUUACUAUUAUUUUUGUCUUGACCAGGUCAGUGAUGCCUUGUAGCUUUAAACCUGCCAUACUUGAAUCCAAAUCAUUAAUUUAUUACUCUAAGCAGUGAAUGGCCUGAUAAUAAGAAUUAUAAUAAAGUAGGAGGAAAAAGUAUGUGAAUCCUUUGGAAUGUCUUAAAUUUCUGAGCUUAAUCUAAAUCACAAGACUCACCACUACACACGACAGUACUGGGAUAACGGUUGCCAGUUGGGGACCUGGUAAUCAUCGUAAUAGGGUGAGUGGUGGGUCUUCACAUUUCUCUUGGCUUAACUCCCUCCCUUUGGGACUGGUCGGGGCGCUUUGAUUGGGCUGGUUGGUUUGUUGUUGCAUGUCCUCACCGGGUGUCCCGCCCCAUCCACAAAAAGGAACACGGUUUGACUGUUGUAACGUUACUUGUGGUCAAAUAUCUAGACCAGGGGUGUCCAAACGUUUUGCAAAGAGGGCCAGAUUUGGUCAGAUGAAAAUGUAUGGGGGCCGACCAUUAGGCCUGACAUUCCUCGAAUCAUGACCAUUGUAAAUUAACAUGUAAAUAUGUAACUAUAUCACUUUGCUGUCUGCAGCUAGGUCGAUAUUGCAAAUGAGAAUCUGUUUUCAAUUGCAUUACCAGGAUAGUUAAAGUUUAAAAUAAUAAUAAAUUAAAUACAAAUGAACCAGUUUCUGAAAGUUGAAACGUAUUUAUUGAUUUUGUUUUAACAAAUAUCAUCCCAGCGCAUUUUGACAAAGAAAAGUAUAGUGACUAUACUAUUCUGUCAUCUGAUUUGACUAUAGUAUAGUUAAAUCAGAUGACAAAAAUUGGACAAAACUGUCGUUUGAUCAUCACAAAAAAUCAAUUCACUGAGACUCGUAGCUCGCCUUUGUAGAAUUUUCAUUUGAGUCACGGGCUCUUGUGAAUAAGCCCUGCUGUGCUAUCAAAACCGCUUAAAUAGACUAAUAGACUAACUAUUUUUCUGCUGUGGUUCACACCCGUAUUCCACUUGUCUGUUCUGUCCCUCUGUCUGUCCCCUAAAAUCAUUUUCUGUCUGUCUUCAUUUUAAAUAAAGAUCAGAAUAAUAAAGAAAUUCAAAAAUAAGCAGAGGGAGUAUUUCAAACUCCCCUGUUGCACAGCAAAACUGUUGCAGCACAAAAGGCAUGCAGAUGCACCAUUGUGCAUGGCCAUGGAGCUGAACAGGACAGUUAAAAAAAAUAAAAUAAAACAAAUUCUAAAUCACGAGAAUUAAGUCUGGUAUUCAUCUAAAUAACGAAAAUAAACAAACGGAGUUUGCUUAGGCUGGGAUGGUGGGCGAUUGGUUAGAGCGUCUGCCUCACUUCUGAGGACUGGGGUUCAAUCCCCGGCCCCGCCUGUGUGGGGUUUGCAUGUUCUCUGCAUGGGUUUUCUCUGGGCACGCCGGUUUCUUCCCACAUCCCAAAAACAUGCGUGGUAGGUUGAUUGAAGACUCUAAAAUUGGCCGCAGGUGUGAAUGUGAGUGCGAAUGGUUGUUUAUGUGUGUUCUGCGAUUGUCUGGCAACCAGUUCAGGGUGUACCCCGCCUCCUGCCCGAAGAUAGCUGGGAUAUACUCCAGCACUCCCGCGACCCUAGUGAGGAUAAGCGACUCAGAAAAUGGAGGGCUGGAUGGAGCCUGCUUAGACUAAUACCACACAAACAAUUAUGUUUUCAUAUUUGUAUUGCAAAUAAUGUAAGCAUUCACACGACAGGGAGGAAAAAGUAAGUGAGCCUCGAGACUGCGGAUUCUCCAAGACCUCAUCAGUCAGGUGUGAGCCAAUCUGGAGUCCAAUCAAUGGUCUAGAUUGGAGGUGUGGCUUCAUGCUGCUCUGGACACAAGAAAACACCAGUUUAGAAUUGUUCCUUGUCAAGAAGCAUUUCCUGGUGUUUACCAUGCCUCGCUCAGGAGAGCUCUCAGAAGACCUUCAAUGUAAAGAAUUGGUUAAUUGUAUAAACCUGGAAAAGGUUACAAAAGUAUCUUGAAAAGUCUUGCUAUUCAUCAGUCCACAGUUAGACAAAUUGCCUAUAAAUGGAGGAAGUUCAGCACGGUUCCUUCUCUUCAAAGGAGUGGCCGACCUAUAAAGAUGUCUGCAAGAGCACAGCGCAGAAUGAACGCUCAGUGAGAUACAAAAGAACCAUAGAGUGUCAGCUACAGACUCGGAGAAAUCAUUGGCACAUGCCAACAUCUCUGAGAAAUCUACCUUAUACCUAAAACAUUCAACAAGAAUGGGGUUCAUUAGAGAACACCAAGGAAGAUGCUGCUGUCAAAAAAACAUUGCUGCAUGUUUGAAGUUUGUUCGAAGAGCACUUGGAUGUUUCACAGCAAUACUUAAAAAUAUUCGCUGGACAGAUGAAACCAAAGUGGAAUUGUUUUGGCGAAACACAAUGCCAUGUGUGAAAGAUAAAUGGCAGAGCACACCAACAUCAAAAUCCAACUGUGAAGUAUGGUGGAGGGAGCAUCAUGGUAUGGGUGUGCUUGUUAACUCGGGGCCUGGACAACUGGCUAUCAUCAAUGGCAAAAAGAAUUCACAAGUUAAUCAAGCUGUUCCAACAGUGGAAGAUCAAAAGGAUGGGUGUUGCAACAGGACAAUGAUCCAAAACACAGAAGCAAACCAACAACAGAAUGGCUUCAGAAGAAAAAAAUAUGUAGUGGCCAAGUCAAAGUCCUGAUUGAGAUGCUGUGGCAUGACAAAGCUAUUUACACCAGACAUCCCAGGAAUCUUGCUAAACUGCAACAGUUUUGUAAAGUGCAAAGGUCCAAAAUGCAUCUUUGUUUGUGCUCGUCUGAUCUGCAGCUACAGGUAACGUUUAGUUGAGGUUAUUGCUGGCAAAGGAAGGUCAACCAAUUAUUAAAUCCAGGGGUUCCAUUACUUUUUCCUCCCUGUCCUGUGAAUGUUCACCUUCUGCUCUAUAAAAAUAGGAAAAAAGUAAAGAUUUCAAUUGGGCACACGACAGUCCAACAGUACUCCUCCUGUUUUGCCUCAUGUCUCCUUCAUGCUGAGCAAAGCCGCAGAAAACCAAAUCUGGACAACAUUUGAACUCGGUGCACUGCUCCAUAUUGGUAAAAUCCAUGUCACGUGGUUUAUGGGAUGACAUGUUGCUGCUGUUCCCGGCACUCUUAUCCUCUGUCAGUUUCUGACCUUUUUAAGUGGAUUUUUGGCAUUUUUUGUCCAAAUAGUUACUUGUGUAACUGUAGACUAUUCCACUAAUCCUGGAUAAGCCGUGCAAAUGCAUGGUUUCCAGAAAAAAAAGACGACUCAUCCGGGAGCUAAAACCUAUAUUCAUCAAAUAUUAAUUCAACAUAAUCUGUCAUCAUUACUAUAAAGAGAUGAAUCUUGAAUUUUGUUAAAAUGGAUAUUUUGGGGGGGUGCACGCCUUGGUAACAAAAAAAUAAAAAAAAUCAAUGUUUUAGUAAUCGAGGCCUAUUUCUUUUCUUGUUCACUCACUGGCCAUGAUCAUAAUUUUAGAUUAACCCCAAAAAAAAAAGUGUGAUUUGUGAGGAUUCAUCACUAGUCAAUGCAGUGACGUGCCAAUAUGGCGCCCUCUCCUCUCAGCGUCCACACUUGUUUUUUCCCCCCCUCCCCCUUUGAUGCAGACAGCCUGCAAAACAGCCGCAUUUUGAGGGAGGCGGGGUACCCCUCGGCCUGGUCGCCGGCCAAGCAUUCGCAGUCACAGACAUGAGCCUGCCAUGCAUGUUGUGGGAAUGUGGGAAGUACCCGGAGGAAACCCACGUGAGUACGGGGGAGAACAUGCAAACUCAGCACAGGAAGGCUGCAGCCUGAUUCGAACCCCGACCUUACACCUGCGAGGCAGAUGAGCUAACCAAGAGCCCUCUGUGCCGCUACAACAGGUAAUUAUAAAUACAAUUUAAAAAUGCAAAUGAAUUGCUUUUUUAAAAUAUAGAUUACGGAACUACUUGCAAACAUUUGACAUUUAUGAAAUGUUUGUUAUAAUGGAUUAUGAAGUUUAAAAAUGAGAAUAUAUCAUGGUUGAACAUAUGCUUAACAUUUUUAGUCAGUGUAAUAAUUGGUUGUUCAAUAAAAAUGUUACAUCCACAUUAUUGUUGUAAUUAUUUCCACAUCAAACGUGGAUCCUUGAGCAUAAAAGUUUGCACACCCUUAGAGUGUAAACAAUCGGAGGAUGCCCACUCGGUGGUCUGGCAGCUUUUGUAUUUCGAAACGUGGAGUCAUGACGGUGAGUGACGUCGAUUGUUUUUGGCACCGAUGCAACGUUCCUCCCACCUAGCACUCAUAAACCGACUAACGUGUUCCAUCAUGUCAGUGUGCGCCAAGUGGAUCGCUCAAUGUCAAAGUCCGUAUAUUUUCCCAUGCAGCCUGCUGCGCCAUUUGCAAACGAGAGGAAGACGCUCGCACGAGCAGCGCCGCGGACACAAGAGAAUUGAGAGCGCGGCAUGUUCGCCAGGGUUGUCGCCGGCUGGGGUUUGCGGACCCAGCGACACCGACACCGACCCCGCCGCCUCCUCGGGAUCCACACCAAGGCGGCCGCGGCGGAGCCUCGGGAGCCCGCGCGCCUGCCCGCCUCGUCCACCUGCGGCCGGGUGAGGAGAAUGGACGAGCUGGGCGGGCCGAGCUUCGUGAGCACGCUCUACUGGCUCUUCGUCAAGGGCUACUUCCAAAGGACGCAGCAGAUGCAAAUCGAGCACAAGAAGCUGUACGGGCCCCUGUGGAAGUCCACGUACGGGCCCCUGGUGGUGGUGAACGUGGCCAGCGCUGAGCUCAUCGAGCAGGUUCUGCGCCAGGAGGGCCGAUACCCGGUCCGCACAGACAUGCCGCACUGGAGGCGCUACCGGGAGCUCCGCGAGCAAGCCUACGGACCUCUCACCGAGAUGGGGGAAAAUUGGCAUCGCAUCCGCAGCAUACUGAACCCUCGCAUGCUGAAGCCCAAGCACGUGGCCUCCUACGUCGACAUCAUCAACCCGGUGGUGGCCGACUUCGUCGAGCGCCUCUACUGCUUGCGCGACGGUGGCCUGGUGCGCGACGUCACCGGAGAACUUUACAAGUUUGCUUUUGAAGGCAUCUGCUCGGUGCUGUUCGAGACGCGUCUGGGCUGCCUGGAGCGAGACGUGCCCGACGAGACGCACAAGUUCAUCUGCUCCGUGGGCGAAAUGUUCCGUCUGUCUGCCGUCGUCAUCCUUUUCCCCGAGCGCCACUGGCCCUACCUGCCCUUCUGGAACAAGUUUGUCGCCGCCUGGGACCACCUCUUCAAAUUUGCGGAGGAGCUGGUGCAGAAGAAGCUGGAGGAUCUCCAGACGAGGGGCGAGCGGGCGGAUGGUGACGUGGAAGGCGCCUACCUAACUCACCUGCUGCUCAGCGACAAGAUGAGCCUCACCGAGAUCCUGGGAAGCGUCACUGAGCUCCUGCUGGCGGGAGUCGACACGACCUCCAACACGAUCUCGUGGGCGCUGUACCAUCUGGCCAAGGAGCCUAGCAUUCAGGACCGACUCCACCAGGAAGUGUCGGCUGUUAGUCCUGCCUCCCGCGGGAUGCCCACCGCCCAAGACAUCGCCCGGAUGCCUUUCCUCAAGGCCGUCGUUAGGGAGACACUGCGGCUUUACCCCGUCGUACCGGGAAACGCUCGCCUCACUGUGGAAAACGAGAUUGUGGUGGGAGACCAUCUCUUUCCCAAAAAGACUCUGUUCCACCUGUGCCACUACGCCGUCUCCCAUGACGAGGAUGUUUUCCCCGAGCCACAUCGCUUCCUGCCUGAGCGAUGGCUGCGCCACAGCAACGCCAGGCAGCAGCAACACCCGUUUGGGUCUGUGCCGUUCGGAUUCGGGAUCCGGGCGUGCCUGGGCCGGAGGGUGGCCGAGCUCGAGAUGUACCUGCUCCUGGCCACACUGAUCGGCGGCUUUGAAGUGAGGCCCGACCCGAACGCCACCGGGCCCGUCAAACCAAUCACCAGGACCCUGCUGUGCCCGGCCACGCCCAUCAACCUCAUCUUCGCCGACAGGCCGCACACAUGAUGAUGAUGAUCGAGGCUCAGUACACACGCAAACAAAUGCGCGCACGCUCACUCAUUUUGGGUGACAAAUGUACUGUAAUUAAGGCAUGGCCUACAUUACACUCCAACCAAUCAGAUCAUUGAUUCCACACACCACCUUUGUAAUUGGUUAGGGUGACUGACUUGAUAAAUAAUAAAAAAGUUUUUUUUAUAAUUUUAGUGGGCACUUGAGCAAAAAGAAAAACAUUUUUUUUAAGUGCAUUAAAAUUGCAAUGUUUGAUUUUUAGAGUUAUUUGGACCCACUGCAUUUUAUAAGAAUUGCCAGCAGAGCUGAUUUCUUCUACCAUCCAUUUUCGAAGCGUUAAAACAAAAAUGACGUCACCUAGUGACAGUCGUGCGGUGACAUUUUGGAUUGAAAGGCACAGAAUUUAGCUGAAAAUCUUAUAUUGUCACAAUAUCAUUAUAAAACAAAGGGAUUCUUUCAAACUGUAAUUUGAUAGCAUCAACAAUAUUUAUAGCUGACGUACCACUAAACUUGCCUGUCACAGAGUUGACAAUGGAUUCAAUUACUGGUUCUCAAAAUGUCUUUUUAUUUUUUUAUUUUUUAUUUUUUUUGCUUGACGCCAUUUGAAUUGUCCUUUAUAUUACCCAUACCAUUAAAUGGAUCUUCAAAAUACAUUCUUCUCAAAAACAUUUUUGGUUGACAUAUUGAGUGCAUUCUGGUCAAUAAAAUUCAUGUCAGGGUUUAUGAGGGACAGAUUGCUCAUGAAGUACAGUAUAUAUUUGACAAGGUUGCAUCACGCCAGCAGAUUAGUGGAUAUUUGAAGAACACAAUUUAUUGGUAAAAGUAUGCCUAUUCAAUUACUGAAUGGGU